AUGCCGCGCUGCAUUUGCGUCGAGUGCGGCGCGCCCGUCUCAGCGCUCGUGCGUGAUUACGGCAAAGGCAACUUGCGGCUCACGAUCUGCAGCGUCUGCAAUGCGGUUGCCGACAAGUACGUCGAGUACGAGACGAUUGUGCUCUUCCUAGACGUGCUGCUGCUCAAGCCGCCAGUGUACCGCCAUGUCCUGUGUAACCUGCCAGCCCCUGUCUCUCUUCGCACGACGCUCAAGCUCUUUGUGAUUCUAGUGAUGCUGGACAUGAACCUCAAGGCUUAUCUCGUGGACCAAGACGCGGGAGUGACUUUUCGGGCCACAUCCAUGUACAAAAUGCCCGACGCAACGCGGCCAUUUUUGACGUCUGGGCGACGGAUCGGGCAGUUUGCCCUGCACUUGCUGUGUCUUUCCCUGCUGGAGAACGUCGUGUACUUUGCCAGUGUCUUUGCUGGUAUCUGGCUCGAUCCUUUUCGCCGCCAAUGGCGAGUCAAGUUGCAGACAAAUGGACACGAAGCGCGUGUCGAAAAUACCAGCGAUGCACCGUGGAUGAGGUGUAGCAGUGCUCUCUGCAUUGCUAGUUUUGGCAAGCUGUUUGCGCUCAUGACGGUCAUUUGGGAAGUCCAUUGGAGCUUCGUGCAUGUGAUUGGAGCGCUGGUCGUUGUGUCAAAUGUGCUGGCACUGCAGUUGCUGCUGGGCGAGCAAGAUCCGGCUCAUGCGACGUCGCUGCAUGUUGUUGCAGUUGUCGCGGGUGGAACAGUUGCUAAAGCUGCUGCUCAACUUGCACUGUACGCGAUGGGCAACUCAGUGCUCUUCCACGUACUCGUCUAG